AGCAACUAUACUACUCAAGCCAUAUCAAUGGAUCUGGCAACCAGCGCCAUUGGCGACCUGCUCCCCAAGCUGGUCGAGCUCCUCAAGGGGGAGUACAAGCUAAAGGAAAAUGUCAGGGAAGGCGUCGUGUCUCUCUCGAGAGAGAUGAGGAGCAUGCACGCUGCCCUCCGCAAGGUGGCGGAGGUGCCGCGGGACCGGCUUGACGAGCAGGUCAAGCUCUGGGAAGGGGAGGUGAGGGAGCUAUCCUUUGACAUGGAGGACGUCGUCGACAAGUUCCUGGUGCGUGUCGAUGACGGCUCCAAGCCUGCACCCAACUCAAAGAAGCUCAAACAGCUCACGAAGAUGAUGGUCGGCUUGCUCGCCAAGGGGAAGGCUCACCAUGAGAUCAUUGACGCGAUCGGGCAGAUCAAUAAGCAAGUCCAAGUGGUUGCUAACAUGAACGGAAGGUACCCCGUUGACAAUAUUGUCUCUACUUCUGCAGCGGUGGUUCCCAUCGACCCUCGUCUUGGGGCUUUGUACACAGAAGUAACAGAGCUUGUUGGCAUUGCUGGAAAAAGGGAUCAAGAUCUAAUGAAGUUGCUCUUGGAGGGAGACAAUGUGUCCAAGAAAAAGUUGAAGAUUAUCUCUGUUGUCGGAUCUGGAGGAUUGGGCAAGACCACUCUUGUCAAAAUGGUUUAUGACAAGAUCAAAGAAGAUUUCGAUUGCAGUGCGUUUGUUCCCGUCGGUCGAAAUGCUGACGCAAAGAAGAUUCUCCUGAAGAUUCUUUGUGAUCUUGACACGUACGUAGGUCUGAUCACCAUGUUGGAUGUAAGACAACUAAUCAGCAAACUCAAGGAAACUCUCGAAAACACGAGGUACCUCAUUGUAAUUGAUGAUAUAAGGGAUGAAAAACUAUGGAAAAUAAUCAAAGGGGCAUUCUCUAAUAGCAACAAUUGUGGUAGUCGGUUAAUCAUGACAACUCGUAUAGUCAGUGUAGCUAAAUUAUGUUGCUCAUGUGCUGACGGUUCAAUCUAUCAAAUGGAGCCACUUAGUGAUGAUGAUUCCAAAAGGCUCUUCUAUAAAAGGAUAUUUUCUCACGAGAGUGGUUUUCCUCUUGAAUUUGAAGAAGUGUCCAUAGAUAUAUUGAAGAAAUGUGGUGGAGUACCAUUAGCCAUCAUUACUAUAGCUGGUAUCUUGGUUAUUAAUCAUCACGUAAAACCGAAGGAUGAGUGGCAUGUUUUGCUAGAUUCCAUUGGUCGUGGACUUACCAAAGACCCCAGUGUAGAGGACAUGUUGAGAAUACUAACGCUUAGCUAUUAUGACAUGCCUUCUUAUUUGAAGACAUGUUUGCUAUACCUAAGCAUGUUUCCGGAAUAUCACUAUAUUACGAAAGAUCAAUUGAUAUGGAUGUGGAUUGCUGAAAGUUUUAUCCAGUGUGAAGAUCCACAAACUUCUCUAUUUGAGAUCGGAGAAAAUUACUUCAAUGAGCUUGUGAAUAGGAGCUUGAUCCAGCCGGAAUAUUUUGAUGGGUUUGUAAUUGCUUGUCGUGUACACAAUAGUGUUCAUGAUUUAAUUUGUUCCUUGUCAAGUGAAGAGAACUUUACUACUAUAUUGAAUGAUACUCGGGAUAGCAUUUCUUCUAAAAGAAAGGUCCGUAGGCUGUCCCUCCAAAAUAGUAUCAAGGAAGAACAUCAAAAUACACAUCUCAAAUCUGCAAGGUCUAUUGCUACAUUUGAUUAUGUUGAUAUUGGUUUCAUGCCUCAUUUCUCAAGGUUUCUUUUUUUGCGCGUAUUGGAUUUGACUGAAUGUGAUGUUAGUGAUCAUAACCAUCUUAACAUUCGGGAGUUGUGGAGUUUACUUCAGCUGAGGUACCUAGGCCUAUACAAAUCAGGAAUUUCUGAGGUCCCAAAAGAAGUUGGAAAGUUGCAGUUUUUGCAAGUGCUGGAUUUGGGAGGGAAUUAUGAUAUAACAGAACUCCCAUUAGCAAUUACUAAGCUCAGAAGAUUGAUGUGCCUACAAAUUGAUUCUUCCUGCAGUCGGAUACCAGAUGGAAUUGGAAACCUGAUAUCAAUGGAAAAUCUCAGUUCUAUCUGUGGUGACUGUCUAGGCACCGUGGAAGAUUUGGGCAACAUGGAAAGACUAAGGAACCUUAAUAUUUCCUUUAAUGUUAUGAGCUUGGAGUUGGAGCAAGCUUUCGUGGAGUCAAUAGGGAAACUACGCAACAUCCAAUGUGUACAUAUUUGGUUCCUUGGUUAUCAUCAUUAUGUAUUCAUGGAUCUCCUGGGGGGAGAUUGGGCGCCCCCUCAAAGUCUUCGAGAAUUUUCUGCAAAGUUCAAGCUCGUCUUCAGCAAACUGCCAACAUGGUUAAGGAGGAACCCCUCGCAUCUAUCACAGCUCUCCAGGUUAGAUAUUUUUGUCGACGAAGUGCGACAGGAGGAUCUGGAAUUCCUUGGAAGGUUACCGGCUCUCCGUGACCUCUCCUUGGAGACAAUGCGCCAAGAUCCGUUACUCAUCGGUGCUGACGGUUUCCGUUGCCUGACAAGACUGAAGCUGAUUUGCAAUUGGGCUGGCCGAAUUGUGUUCAAGCCAGAAGCUUUGCCCAAGACUGAACAUGUUGAUAUCUUGAUAUAUUUCCGUGCUGCCAACGGUCGCGAUUGGUUUGAGCUGGGCUUGGAGAACCUGCAGUCCCUUCGGAUGGUCAUAGUCCAAAUCAGAUUGUCGCCGGGAGUGAUAAGCAGCGACACCGGGGCCGAGCAAGGGAAGGCUACUUUGGAAAACACACUCCAUGCCCAUCCUAAUUGUCCCAAAGUUUACGUCUCCAUUUACGCAGAGCCAUCAGGCUGUCACUACUGAGUCUCUCUUUCAUCAGGUUGGCUCUCGUGACCACAACGCCAUCAUACAACCGAUUCGGGGUGAAGAAGCUGCAGUUUACACUUUACACACAGUUUGAUUUCCAUCAUUCAGCGUUAAAGAUUCCAUAGUGACUCCAUGAUACCCUGGCCAUCAAACGACCGAUUCAGGGUGAAGAAGCCCCAAUGAUUUUGUUCGAGCUACACUCGGAAUCUCUGGGGCUCAAAGAGCUCUUAUUGCUACCUGACAGAUAAAGAGUGCAACCAAGGAGAGAUCAUAGUCUGCCACUAUUGCCCUCCCUGCCCUCAGCUUGAACUCUACAUUCGGUGGAUGUCAUGUCAACACCUGGAGAAUUUAUCGUGAACAUCGGUGAUCUCUUACAGCUUAUCUCCAACAAGGCGUUCAGGAGGGUGGUGCGGGAAAGAAUGUCGCGCCAAGGAUCUUGAUCGUGUACUUCUUCAGCAUGCAUUUCCAUCCGGCCUCGACUAGGAGUCUAGGAUCCAUGGUGUGAUCAAGGUCUGACGAGAAUCCAUCGUUGUACAGGGAGACCCUUGUGAGAUAUUACAUCAAGCAUUACUGCCCCAUUUUGUUAGAUGAGAAAUUGGACAUCAGGUUGAGCAGUUUGUAAUACCAAGAAAAGUGAUAGUAAAAUGGCAGUCCAAGUACCAAAAUGUUGUAUACAGGCCUAAAUCGUACAGGCGUGCACUGCACUGGUUUGGUUUUCUGAUGCAUCAUACCA